UGCCUGUUUAAUAGUUGCUGUUGCAGCACUUCCGCUUCUCUCCCUGCGAGAGACACACGAGUGGCCAGGCCCAGCCGCACCGAGGAGGAGCAGCCAGACACAAAGGGAGAGGUUUGGGUGGAGCUAUAGUGGGGGGGAGCUAUGUCGGAUGACGAUUCAAGGGCUAGCACCAGCUCUUCUUCAUCUUCAUCCUCCAACCAACAGACUGAGAAAGAGACAAACACACCUAAGAAGAAAGAAAGUAAAGUCAGCAUGAGUAAAAAUUCGAAGCUCCUUUCCACCAGUGCAAAAAGGAUUCAAAAGGAAUUGGCUGAUAUCACUUUAGAUCCACCUCCCAAUUGCAGUGCUGGUCCAAAAGGUGAUAAUAUCUAUGAAUGGAGAUCAACAAUUUUAGGACCUCCAGGUUCAGUGUACGAGGGUGGCGUUUUCUUCCUCGACAUUACAUUUACACCAGAAUAUCCCUUCAAGCCUCCAAAGGUUACCUUUCGAACAAGAAUCUAUCAUUGCAACAUCAAUAGUCAAGGAGUGAUCUGUCUGGACAUAUUAAAGGACAACUGGAGUCCAGCAUUAACUAUUUCUAAAGUUCUUCUUUCAAUUUGCUCACUUCUCACAGACUGCAAUCCUGCUGAUCCCCUUGUUGGAAGUAUUGCAACUCAGUAUAUGACUAACAGAGCAGAGCACGACAGAAUGGCCAGACAGUGGACCAAGAGAUAUGCAACAUAAACUGGAUUUUUGUCAGACCUGCGUGUUAAAUCAUCUGUGACAGAGCGAGCUGCUUAUGAUUUUGAAGGGGUGGGACAGGGAAGGGGAGAAACUGAAAAAGAGUAGGGUAUUUCUAUAAAAGAAUUUAUUCAGUCUUUUAUUUCCUGAGAUUUUGUUGUUGUUACUUAAGGUAUCUUGCUACAGUAGACAGCUAGAAUGGGAAUAGCAUAUUUUAAGACUCUCACUAGUUCAGCAAUAGUAGCUCUGCUAUAGCACCAAGAAGAAUGUAAACUAACCUGAUAAUUGGAUGAGGGUAGGCAAAGAUGUUUGGUUGUGAUAGAUUUAAAAAAAAACAGCUUAAUUUAUUGGCAUCUCUGUAAAAUUUCUUGCAAGAAGGCUUGCAACUUGAUUUUCUUUUAGUUUGUUUUUAUUUGUAAAAAAUAUUGCAAAUAUUUUUCCCUAGGGAAGGUGGGAGAUUUUCAUAUUUAACACAUCUUUUUACAAGACUACCCUUUCAUUAACUUCAAAUAUAGGGGUAAGGCUAGAUUGUUGUCUCCCCUAGCAUAGGGAGAAUAGUUCAGAGAUUCAUUUUUCUAUGCCGAGUUACCUUUAUGAGAAUGAAGGUUUUAACUGAACUUGGGAACAACCUGUAGUGAAAUACCUUAAGCUGUUUAAUUGUAAGGCGUGGAAUAGGAGUCACUCAGUGGAUUGGUUGUAUGUUGUGGACUAUCCAAGUCUGCAUUUGUUACUGUGCUAAUAAAAAUAUGUACAAACUC